CCCACCCAUUCAGCCGAUUUAGUCCGUUAUCGGUAACAAUGAAACUCGCAGCUGCAGUAGCAGUUUUCGUUGGUUUGGCCGCCUCAGGCUACUCACUUCCGGUCGAACCGAAGCCGUGGGCCCUCAUCCCGGACGGCGCAGGUCAUCUGCACAUCGUCAACAUCGAUCCAGUGAACAUCCCAACCGGAGAAGAUGAGAUUGAACCACACUUCAACCCGGAAAGUGACGUCGUGUUCCGACUGUACACCCGACGCAACCCACUUCACCCGCAGCUGAUCCGAUGGGAUGACCCUUCGUCGAUUAUGAACUCCAACUUCAACCCGGAAAAUCCAACGCGAUUUUUGAUCCACGGAUGGAUCGAAGGUGAGGAUGCGACUCUGCACUGGGUCAUCAAGGAUCAUUUCAUGCGCGUUGGAGACUUCAACGUGAUCAACGUGGAUUGGGGCGCGGGAGCGCAGACCAUCAACUACAUCGGAGCCCGUAACCGCGUCGCCGGAGUUGGUAUGAUCACGUCGCGGGUAAUCGAUGUGAUUCGUGCCACUUCCGGACAGUCGCGUGACUUGAUCAACGUUAUUGGAUUCAGUUUGGGAGCGCAUGCCGCCGGUAACACCGGCAAGGGUCAAAAUGGACAGCUCAACUCGGUAAUCGCUUUGGACCCCGCCGGUCCGCUGUUUUCGCGAGGACAAGCUGACAUCCUAACCGAUACUGACGCCAUCUACACGGAAGCUAUCUACACCAACGCUGGACUGUUGGCGUUCGAUGAACCUCUUUGCCAUGCCAACUUCUACCCCAACGGAGGACGUUCCCAGCCGGGUUGUAUUACCAGCGUGUGUGCCCACAACCGGGUAAAUGAGUUGUUUGCCGAGUCGGUGUCCACCGCGAAUCACUUCCUGUCGAUGCGAUGCGCUGAUCAUUCGGAGAUCCUGUCGGGAAGGUGCACUUCCAGUGGACCGUACGCCAAGAUGGGAGGAGAACCAUCGAACAGAGGACGUGGCGUUAGUGGAGUUUAUCAUUUGAUGACCAAUUCGGCAGCGCCGUUUGCCAGAGGAUAGAAUGGAUAUUACAGCGCAAAAUACGAAAAAUAAAACUAAAUGCUUGUCUAUUUUCAUUC